UGUCAUGUCCUCCAUCUUUAUUCUCAUUCUUUCAGGUAAAACUAGGCAGCUGCAUUGGCACCCAUCCAAUGAGUAGUGACAAGUGAGAAGGAUGGCCAUGGACAAUGCCACAGCAGUGAUUGAGUUUCUCCUUAUUGGCAUUUCUAACUAUCCUGAAUGGAGAGUCACGUUUUUCACACUGGUGCUGAUAACUUACCUCAGCACCUUGUUGGGAAAUGGACUUAUCAUCUUUCUUAUCUACUUUGACCCCCACCUCCACACUCCAAUGUAUUUCUUCCUUAGUAACUUAUCUUUCUUAGACCUUUGCUAUGGAACAGCCUCCAUGCCCCAAGCCUUGGUGCACUGUUUCUCUACCCAUCCCUACCUCUCUUACUCACGAUGUUUGACCCAAACGAGUGUCUCUUUGGUCUUGGCCACAGCGGAGUGUCUCCUACUGGCUGUGAUGGCCUAUGACCGCAUGGUUGCUAUCAGUAAUCCCCUGCGCUAUUCUGUGGUCAUGAAUGGUCCAGUGUGUGCCCGGCUGGCUGCUACCUCGUGGGGGGCAUCACUUGUGCUCACUGCCAUGCUCAUCUUAUCCUUGAAGCUUCGCUUCUGUGGGGCUAAUGUCAUCAACCAUUUUGUCUGUGAGGUUCUCUCCCUCCUUAAGCUGGCCUGUUCUGAUACCAGCCUCAACGAGCUUAUGAUCCUCAUCACUGGUAUCUUCACCCUGCUUCUACCCUUUGGGUUUGUUCUCCUCUCCUAUGUUCGAAUUACUACUGCUGUCCUGAGGAUUCGCUCAGCCCAGGGUAGGUUCAAAGUCUUUUCCACCUGCGGGUCUCACCUGACUGUGGUGACGAUCUUCUAUGGGGCAGCCAUCUCCAUGUAUAUGAAACCUCCUUCCAAGUCCUCCCCAGACCAGGACAAGUUUAUCUCUGUGUUCUAUGGGACUUUGACACCCAUGUUGAACCCCUUGAUAUACAGCCUGAGGAACAAGGAUGUUAAAAGGGCAAUGAAGAAAGUUAUGGCAAAAAGGGCAUAGACCUCCUUUGCUUCUAAACUUCUAAAAUAUCACUCAGCUACAUCUUCAUCACGGU